AAAAAAAAAAAAAAAAAAACUUCACGUUCUUCAAACAAUCUUUUACAACAUCACGAGAACAUUUGAUUUCAACAACUCGUUAUCACAAACUUCUUUAUCAAGACUGAUAUCACUAAUUUACCCGAUAAUACGCGUGAAUAUUUACAAAUCAACACCAUAUUAUCAUCAUUAAAGUACCUGUCAAGUUAUAGAGAUCUUUUGUUUUUCUUUUUAAAUUAAAAAAAAAAAUUCAAAUAACAACAUCGCGACUUGCACUACACUAGUGAUAAGAGAGAACAAAAUUAAAUGUCAAUAUAGCACUGAAAAGAAAGAAAUAUAAUGGCUAAGAAAUUAUCGGAAGGUAGAAAAGCUGGUAGUGGUAGAAAACCAGGUACAGCAAAGACAUUAGCUGAAGGAAGAAAAGUUGGAAGUGGUCGUAAGAAAGGUUCUGGUGGGAAAACUAUUGGUAAAACUUUAGCUGAAGGCAGAAAAGCUGGUUCUGGUCGCAAGAAGGGCAGUAAAGGUACUCCAAAAUCUGAUGAUGCUAACUCAACACAUUCAGAUGAUUCAAGCUUAUUAUCGAAUUUAAAUGACGUCCAACAUCAACAACAGCAGCAACAAAUUCAACAGGCUCAAGCUCAACAACACCAACAUGGUCAUCAUCAACUUUUGACUCAUCAAGAUUUGAUAAAUAACCAACACCAACAACAAGUACCAAAUCUAUCAAAUUACCACCCACAAUUGGCACAACAGAGCUAUUUGAAUUCAAUUCAUUUUAUUCAAAACCAAGAUCAUAAUCAACAACAUCAACCUCAAGGACAGAAUCAAUUUCCAUCAUUGGCAAAUUUCCAACAACAUCAUCAACCUCAUCAAAUAUUAAAUGCUCAACAACAAGUACAGGCUCAAAGUCCAACCCAAGUACAACAAAGAAUAGCACAAGAUGAUCGUAUGAAGUAUAAUGAUAUAAAGUUGAUUAUCAAUGAUUUGAAUAGUAAAAAUACUAUUGAAAAUGCAAUUUUACCAUUCAAUAGAAGCCGACAAGACUAGGAAAUGGAAAACGCUGGAAGGAGUUAAUAAUUUGUAUUCUUAAUGUAAUAUUGUAUUAAUAUGGAAGGAGAUCUGGGUAUGUUGUUUGCCCUUGUAGAUGGAUACAUGUUAUCCUCUUGGAAGUUAGAUGACCAGUGAACAUCACUACAUUCAAGCAUUCGUGAUGGUGUUGAUAUUUGACCUGUUGGAGACUGAACGUACAUACAGCAUUAUUGGUAAACUGCAAGGUCAACUAUCAGGUCAACCAUCAGGUAGACUAUCACCUUGAGCUAUAUGAAGAGUGAAUACAUAAGACAAGAUUUCGACAUUUCAAUCAGAUGAACUUGACUAGAUGUUUAGAUUCUGUCCAAGGUAUCCCAAAUUGUAUCAUUUCAUCUCCGAUCGUAUGGAGUCUGGAC